AUGCCUCCAAAAUUCGACCCUUCUGAAGUGAAGUUCUUGUACUUGAGAGCCGUCGGUGGUGAAAUCGGUGCUUCCUCCGCCCUUGCCCCAAAGAUCGGUCCUCUCGGUUUGUCCCCAAAGAAGGUUGGUGAAGACAUUGCCAAGGCCACCAAGGACUUCAAGGGUAUCAAGGUCACUGUCCAGUUGAGAAUCCAGAACAGACAGGCCACCGCCUCCGUUGUUCCAUCUGCCUCUUCUCUUGUCAUCACUGCCUUGAAGGAGCCUCCUAGAGACAGAAAGAAGGACAAGAACGUCAAGCACAGUGGUAACAUUCCUCUUGACCAGAUCUUCGAGAUCGCCAGACAGAUGAGAGAGAAGUCUUUCGGUAAGACUUUGGCUUCCGUCACUAAGGAGAUCUUGGGUACUGCCCAGUCUGUCGGCUGCCGUGUCGAGUACAAGAACCCUCACGACAUUAUUGAGGCCAUUGACGCUGGUGAGAUUGAUGUUCCAGAAAACUAG